AUGAUAUUUUUAGAUGUCGGUGUUGCAUUACUAAUGUCAGUUGGAAAAUGGUACGAACAAAUCAUUACUGUAAUUGUGGCUUCCGUGCUGUCGUUCAUAGUCAUUUUAUUCGGUGAAAAGCAACAUGGUUCACAAAGGAAAUGGAUGGUAUUCUUGUUUGCAUUGUUUGGUGUAUUUGCUGUAAUUGCCUUCAUCCUUGUAGUUUUGUGGGUGAUAUUAAAAGAGAAAUAUUUACUUGUUGCAAAUAUGGUUUGUUGGUGCUUUGAAAUGAUAAUUUCAAAGUUGGAAUUACUGAUUGUGGAAGGUGAAUUUUCAAAGGUGAAUUGUUCACGAGUCUCCAUUGCAGAUAGUUCAGUGAUGAUGAAAUUCGCAUUUGGCGAUGCGUCAACAGUAACCGGUCAGAAAAAUUGUAAUUGCAUCUUUGAAAGAAAUAAAGAUCCACUUGUUUUCAGUGGCUUCUUAUUAACAUUGAUCGGUUUAGUUCUUGGAUUAAUAAUAAUGUUUAACAACAAACUACAUUCUGCAUCUGCAAAGAACAGUGUCUUCAUCGUUAUAACCGUCAGUUGA